AUGGACCCCCGGCUGUGUGCUGGACAGAGGAARCCCAGCCUGUCCUUUUCCAUUGAGGAAAUCCUAAAGAAACCUUCUCCAAGCACUGGCCUGAGCAGUGAAAUCAGGAACAGGAGAARUUCCGCUGAGAGAGCUCCGUCCCUAAAAGUGGAAUCACCUGUAGCCUUUGAUKCCAGCAGCAGGAGUCAGUCUGACUGGGACUUCCCUUCAGCCAAAAUGCUUCUCCCCACCAAGUGUGCUACACCGUUGGCCAGAGCAAGGAGAGUGCAGGCRACUCAGUGCAGCAGACCUGGAGACAGCCCAGUGUCCAUCCUGGGGGAGGACAUGGGGCGGGAACGCCUGGAAGGCAAAAGGAAACAUGAGGAAGAGGAAGAUCAGYUAUGUGCUUUCCCAGUGGACCAUCCUCUUCAUGCUGAGAGGAAAGGGAAACGGAGAAUCCGAACAACGUUCACGGCUGAGCAGCUCCAGGAACUGGAAAAAACUUUCCAAGUGACUCACUAUCCAGAUGUCCAUAUUCGCAAUCAACUGGCAGCCAAGAUAAACCUCCCAGAAGCCAGAGUUCAGAUUUGGUUCCAAAAUCAGCGAGCAAAAUGGAGGAAACAUGAAAAAUUUGGCAACUUUGGUGGCCUUCAGCAUUUGACAGAAGUUGAUUUCAUUCCUGCUUCCAAGUCAGACAUCRCAGCUCCAAGCUUGAUGCCAAGAAAGUUCUCCGCUUCCUUUCCUGCUGUGGGGUUCUACUCACCGCUGCMAGGACAGCUGCCGACUGCCCGGCUGCCCAGCGCGCUCCCCUUCGCUCCCCACCACGUGCAGCUGCUGCCCUUCCCCAAACCAUACCUGCUCCUCAAUGUCCUCCCCUCCUACAGCUCACUGCCGCCCCACAAGCUGGAACGGAGCAGUGUCUGUGCCAGCUUCACAUAG